ACUGACUAAAUCCACUAGAGGGCAGUAAAGACCAGUGUUCAUGUCAAAGUAUUUUCACUGGGACUGUUUAGUUUGGGAAAAGCUGAAAACCAAACAACUGUUACGUCCUCAAAGUUCCCUUACUGUAUCACUUUAGAGAACAUGAAGUCCCUUGAACCAAACACAAAUGUUUAACAUCCUUUUCUGUUAAUACUUCAAUUCUACUUUAACCUCACUUUGUCAGUAAGACGUACUGAAUUUCAGUGAUGCCAACCAAGACUUUUCUGCAAAUGCCACAGCAAAUUGAAGGGAGUUGAUAUUUUGGUGUUAGGGCAAUUUAAGAAAGUGCAGAGUUAAUUUAACACUGAUGUAGUCAAAUUCAUGAAAGUGCAUCUUCAGUGUAAAAAAAGUUAGAGUCAAAAUCGAGUGUUAACAUGAAGUGUCAACAAAUUAAAUCUGUAAGUGUUAAUGGCAGAAUUUUUAACUCUAUACUUUUCACUCUCAACUCUGAACCUGGAUGUGACAGGAUUUACCGUUCUCAGGUCUUCUAAUAACACGAAGGAUGCAGUAAUAUCUCACUGGCAUUUUGUAUGGAAUACAAAAAAUGCUGGCAAAGGUGGAAUACGGAGGAGUCCAAAAAUACAUCAAAGUUCCACAAAGUGAUGGAAACUUUGAUUUCCUCCAGUUUCUUCAAGAAGUAACAAACAAAUUCAGUCUGCAGGCUCAUCUUCUAACUGAAGGUGAGCUUAGACUGAAUGAUGAAUCUGGUACUGAGAUCGACGCAGAUGUGUUUGAUGAGCUCUUAAAGUCAGGGGUCCGAAAGUUUAAGGUUGGAUACCGUCAGUAUGUAGCUACAGAUCUAGAAAUCAAUGUGGUCGCAGAUGAAUCACUGUCAUCAGUAUUGCCGGAGCCAUCAGCAUCAUUGGCUUCAUCCGCAGACCUUUCAGCAUCACCAGCUUCUUCCCUUUCAUCGGAUUCAACUAUUAUUCUUCCAUCUACAAAGAACAGGAGAAGGGGCCUGAGAGAGCUGGAUUGUGAGGAAGCAAGACAGAAAGUUGAUACUGUUCUGAGGUCAAAUCCAAAGGGUGAAGAAAUCUUCCAAGAGUAUGACAAAACUAAAACGCUGUCAGAUGCAACACGCAGACAGAUGGUUAACAUUCUGGUUGCAGAAAUGACUGAUUCAUAUGGAAGAAUUCCACCCACAAGUGCGCGGGUCAGUUAUGCACAGGGAAUUGUUACCCGGUUUCCAUAUCUUCAAGAUCCAUUUUCCAAAAAUGGAUAUGAACAUUACUACGAUCCGGAGGCAAAUACCGGUUAUCUUGCUUGGAGACUUAAGACAGUACAACGAAACACUUGCGAUGGACCACGCGGGUGUUCCAGGCCGAUUGUCAAGGACAGUCCAAUGAGAAAACGGGAAUCUCUGUUAACUGGUGACCAGCUGUUUGGUGACGAGUGCAGAGAGGCUAUCUCUUUAAUCAGACACUCAACAGAUAAAGUGGUGGUUAAAGAGAAAAUGAGAGCAACCUUUGAAUACAGACAGAAGAUGGUUCACGACAAGGAUGCAACAGCUUCAGUGUUGGAGGUCUUCCCUCGUUUCCUUGACAUACCUGGAUUGAUUGACCAGGACUUUUCCAUAAUGUUUGGGGAUGAAGUAUCUGGACGGUUCCUUGCAAGGUGGCCCUCAUAUUUCAAGCAGAAAGUCAUCGCAGAAUGCCAGAGUCUUCCUCAAAGUCCAUAUGUGGAGGAGCUGCUGGAACCUUUUAACCCUGAGGCAGAGAAUGACUAUGGCUGGGAUAGUGAUAUGUCGGCUCUCCUGUUGCUGUUGCAUCUCCUGCCCCCUACAUCAAGAGGCCACAAAAAAACAGCAAAGAUAAGCUCAGCACAGGCAGCUAAUCAUCUUGUGAGAUAUCUUAAGCAAGGAGCCAGCCUCACUACAUUCCUGGACAAAGUUGAUGCAAGACAGCCCUUCCUUCUCUGCAUCGGUGAGCAAAAGAAGAAGAUGGAAAAGUUCUUCAUCAUUGUGGACCAGAAAGCAAUCCCGUGCGAUGCUCAGACAUCAGUUGCUGCUUUUGAUGUUCUAUUCAAAGCUCACUAUGUCUUCAGCCUCUCUUAUGAUGAAGCUCUCUCCGGUUUCUACACUUUCAUACAAACCACAGUUUACCACAUUGAUGUUGGGAACGCAAAAGAGAGCCCAAGAGUCAAGGAACUGAGAGCCCGAGUACUGCGUGAUCGUUAAAAUGCCACCAGAGUACAGAGGUCAGAACACAGUUAAGCAAACUGUCCAAGUGAGUUCACAUGUUUUUUCUUCAAAACGCAAUGUUAAUAGUUAAAACAACUGUUAUAAUGUUUGAUUUGUGCAACACGACACAAAACUAGUUUUCUUUGAAUAAUACUUAAAAUGCCACUAGAUUACGAAGGUGUUGAAAAACCUGUUUAACCAUGUUCACAUGUUUUGUAUGUAAAA